AUGGAACUUGAGCCUUUGGCUUUGCAGAUCCAAGUACACCCGCCUCCUACCCCUACAGUACACCCGCCUCCUUCCUUUGCAGUACACCAUGCUCCUACCUCUGCAGUACACCCUCGUCCUACCCCUACAACAGAACCUCUUCCUCCCCCUGUGAUUAUUACCCUCACUCCUCCCUCCGACCCUACUUCUAUACCUUCCUCAUCUUCUAGACCACCUUCUAAGACUGUCACACCAUCUGCUGAUCUAGAUUCAACUGGUGAUGAUGAUGGUGUUGAUUCGCCCCUCCAUGAUCGACCAUGGAUUGAGCCAUAUGGCAAAGGGUUUCUUCCAUCGAGGGUUUCUUCCCAGGUCAUCACACGAUCGAUUAAGCAACAAUAUUUGAGUCCAUGGCCUACUUGGGGAGCAAUACCUAAAGACGACAGAAAUCCAUUCUGGGAGCGUUUUAAGGCACAAGCUCUGGGACGGGCAGUCCAUGUUGAUGAGGUCUUUGCACAGACCCAUGUUCGGAAGGGCACUAAUGAAUUCGUUGGUGAAAGAUCUCGGAAGACUCAUGUUAAAUCUGAACAUAGGUCAGCUCCUACACCGGAUGAUACGAGUAAUGCAGAAGACGACAUCCGACAACUUGCUGCAAACUAUACAACAUCGAGAGGAGGUACUCUGAAGCACCAAUCUUCUUUUUCCACCACUACUGCUGACGAGGCCAUUGUCCGCCUCACGCAGGCACUGGAGCAACGUAACCAGGAGAUCAUUGAUUUGAUAGCAGAGUUUACAAACUUUAUGGCCCUGGUCAUGAGUGUGUUGCCUCAAACUGGACAGGAUUAG